UGAAACUUAUUCUUUGAAUUUGAAACCUUUUUCAAGGACUACAUUCAAAACCCGCCUGAUACAACUCUCGCGGUACCACAUUGUACAAUGUGCUUACCAACUACUGCUCCUCGAAGCUUACCUGAUUGCCCAACCAGAAACUACAAUAAAUCCAGGAAGAAAAAUGUAUCUUCACAUGAAAAAGAAAAACUCAAGGUUGAUAAUCAAUCAUACAAGCCUUCGCUACCUUCAGAUUAUAAUCCCAUCAUCUCUAAAAACUAUGAUCUUCAAGUCAAAUCAGAGAAUCAUUCAAAGGGAAAGCAAACUUAUGAGCGUCGUGAGAAGUCGCGUAUUGCAGCUAGGCAGAGAAGACAUCGUGAAAAUCAAGCACUAGUCGAACUAUACUUAACACUACCGAUUCAACAAAAUCUGGCUGUUGAUGUUCUCAAGAAUAAGUGUCAUAAGGUUGGACAACUGGGGGGAGAUAACCACGAGCAAAUAUUAGACGGUCUAACAGAAUCCAGUUCAUUGUUAAAUACUAUCGGAGAGCUUGAUUUCGCCCCGACUUAUCGUCUUGCUACGACUAUAUUUAGACAACACAACUUGUCCACACCAGUUCUCGAAAAAGCUGUCAUUGUGCGCAUAGCCAGCAAUUCUUUAUGUUUGUAUAACUGGCUUUAUCCUUCCACUGAAUCAGAUUCAAAUACCAAACCACAAAAUAAAUUACCAUUAGUAGGUUGUCAUCCAACCGAAUCGGAUUCGUCAUCAUCAUCUAUCACUUGCAUGGAGAUGUCAGAUUGUUAUGAUAAUACUACUGCUACUACUACUAGUAGUAGUGGUACCUUAGGUAUCCAAAUUCCUUUGGCUAGUAGUACCACUCCUGUUUUUCCAAAAUCAGUAUUGAGUGUUCACUCAAAGUGUCUGGUUGCUAUCAUUGUUGAUGCUACACAUAAUAUCAUUAUUUAUGCUCCACCAGCAUACACUGAACUAAUUGGUUUAUCGUGGGUCACUACAAUCGGUUUAAAAUUGAACGAAUUAGUCUCUCGACAAGUAUCAAUAGGGGUUUCAUCAGAAUUAAGGAGUCACAACUGUUGCCAUUAUCUUCGCAAUUUGCAGUAUGGUAAAUACAGUUCCGUUGAAAAUAUGAUCACAAAUUCUAAACAAAAAUCAAUACAAACUGAACUUGGUGAUAUGGAAUAUGUUGAAUAUGACCCAGUAGCAAUAUCUAACCACACACUCAAAUCGGCACAGAUUCAUCAACAAUUUAAACAACCUUUGUCGUGUGAAAUGAUUUGGCCAUCAUCCUAUGGUAUAACAAAUCGUCCACUGUGUCUCAGCUCUGUUUUACCAAAACCAAUAUCAGUGUCUCCGUCACAUAUAGAGUGCUCAGAACACUCGAACGAUGAAACAAAUCUCGGGAGUGUACAAGGUUUCCAAGAUCCUUCUAUUGCAAAUACAUCAGUUUCUAAACACAUAGCGGAACAGUUCGUAUUAUGUUGGAAUAGUUCAAAUGUAUCUAUCAGAAAUAAAUUUUCAAAACAUGAAGAUUUCACUUCCGAUAUUAGCUGUAGUUCGUUAUCACCGUCGUCAUCAUCAUUAUCAUCAUCGUCUCCAUUACCAUUUUCAAAUAAUCAUAUAAAUUACAAACAAACUAAUAACUUUUCUUCUAAUCCUAAUCAUAACAUUAACAACAGAACUGAUAUUGGAUAUUGUAAUUCAACUGAAAUAUUAUUACACAAUCACAAUGAUUCGUAUCCUAGUAAUAAGAAUAAUAGUGGCGACAGUGAAGCUGAUUAUCCAUUUAAAUCAAAUCGAGCUAAUGAUAUAAAUCUUCAAAUAUAUUUACUACAACCUAUUCAUUUACCAAAUAUUAACAAUAAUACUCAUGAUUAUGUUAAUAAAGAAAAUUAUGAAUCAUGUUUUACUGAUAAUAAUAAUAUCCAUAAUCAUUCAGAUCGUAUUAAUAACAAUAUUAUGAAUGGUAAUAAUAUUAGUUAUAAUAAUCAUAGAAAUAAUACUGUACAGAAAAAUAAUACAUUUGUAAAAUUUAUUAAUAAUAAUAAUUCAUGUUGUACAAGCUUAUCAAAUUCAUGUAGAACAUAUCAUUCAACUAAAAAUCUACAAUUUAUAGAUAUUGCUAAUGAUUUCUUAACACAAUCGGGUUAUACAAAAGUCGACCUUUUGAAUAAAUGUUUAUUCGACCUGAUACAUAUCGAUGAUUUGGUGCAUGUAUCUGAAGCUAUAAAUAUAGUAAAUGAAAAUCAACCAGUGGUCACUUCAUUUUAUCGAUUACGAUUAAAAUGUGAAAAAUAUUGUUGGGCUCGUAUGUUAAUUUUUUAUUGUAAACAAUCAUAUUAUCAUUUGUCAAAUACAUCAUCAAUAUCUACAAAUAAUCGAUUAAAUAAUUAUCAAUAUCCAAUCAAUGAAAUAUCAAGUUAUUGUAUGAAUUUUAAUGAACAUUAUAUGAUAAAGAAUGAUAAAUAUUUUUCAUCAUCUGAAUCAGGAAAUUUUGAUAAAUUAAAUUCUUUUGAUAAAUGUACAUCUUCAGAAUUAUUGGUUUGUUGUCAUCAAUUAUCACAUUUCUAUUAUUGCAAUGAUUUAUCGGAAAGUUCAGUGACUUUUGAAAAAGAGAUAUCUAAUCAACUCAAUGUUGUCAAACAACCUCAAUUCGAGUUAAUCAACUGUGAACAUUUACAUGGAUAUAAUGACUCUACGUCUGAUUCAUCAAUAUAUACAUCUCAAUUAUUGACAACAACAACACCAACUAGUCAACAAGACCUCAUGACAAAGUCUAAUAAUAAUAGUGAUAUUAAUAAUAAUGAUAAUAAUAAAACGAAAUAUAAGUAUGAAACUACUGAUUUUGUGUCUGAUUCAUAUGAAUCACAAUGCUUCUCAGUUCCAGCAUCAUCCUAUGUUCAAGGCUAUUCUAUAUUCCCGUCAGAUGAACCAAAUCAAUUGGAUGAAUUGAUUUCAUCAUCUUCACCAUCUAGUGAAAAGGAAAUAUCGUCUGGAUCAUCAUUUAAUUCAUCCAUUUCUUUAUCACCCUCUCAACAUUUUCAAAGUUAUGUUACUACAUCACCAGAAAAGAACAUACAUAUUACAAAUGAUCAAGAAGGUUUCACUUUGAGCACAAUCGGACUGAAAAUGAAAUCAGAUGACCAUCAUUUGUUCAAUCAUUCUAAACAUUCUGUUGUCGCUAAUCUUACUAAUACUAUUUCUGAUUUAACGAAGAAAAAUAUUACAAAUUUAUCUUGUUCAACUACUAAAUUGUGUACCCAUAGUUCGUCUUCACUCCAAGAUGUAAUGUAUAAUAAGUUUGGUAAUUCAUGUUCGACAACUAAAACGGAUUCUAGGAUGAAUCCUAUAGUUAGUUGUAAUGUGGAAUCACAGUCAACAAGUCAAGUAAGUUUAUUCACUAUUCUAUGGUAUUGCAAAAUUCAUAUUCAACAUAUCUUUAAGAUUCAAGUUUCGAAGUCUAUACAGUCAGUACACAUCAAACUGGUAUAUAAACUGUUAUAUUCAUACACUUCGAGCAAAUCAGUUGUUAUGUGAACUCAGUAGUCUAAUAGUGGAUAAUACAUUGGUAUUUGUAAUGAAAAGUACUGAUUUCGAGUCUCACUGUGAACACCAAACCCAAGUACGUUCAGCUAACAAGUCACAAACACGAAGAAACACGCCUUACAAAUCCCGCAGCUAACCACAAUCUAACUUUACUAGAACUUAUAAUUGAAUGGCGAUAUCAAGGCAAUCCACUAAGGAUGCACAUAUUUCAAUAGAGACUGAUCAUUUGCAGUAUUGAAUGGAAGCAAUAAGACAUUACAAAUUAUAUUUAAUAUAUCCUUAUCAGUUCCCAAGACUUAAAGUAUUUGAAUAUAGUUCUAUAUACAUUGAAAUCGACAUUUUAUCAUUAUAGAUACAACUGUGUGGGAAGAUAAAAACAGACAAAUCAUUCAUUAUUUGAAGUACCAAUAUAAAUGUUUUCGGAUUCGCUUGAUCAACCCAAUAAAUUAUUAAUUCAACUUACGUUAUUUAAAAUACUACAGUGGUUAUUACCUGCUUGUUUAUUAUUGUUGGCAGUUCUUUUUACUGAUUUGUAGCACUUUAGGGAAUAAAUUGCAUUCAAACAAAUUUUACCCAAUAAACUAUUCAGUUUUUCUAAACAAUGUCAAAAUCAGAGGAAUCCAUUUAACUAUAAUCUACGCAAUAAUAUAAAAAUGCCUAAAUUUCCAAAUCGCGGUCAUUAUCAUCCGUACACGAAUUGUCAUAGCAUUCGUUUCAAUAACUCAGAUUCACAUCGUUUUCUUCAAAAGCCACAUAUUGAGUCAAGUAAUACUUCCAUGAAUAUUUUUGAUUAUUCACCAAAGGGUUAUAAGUCAACAUUUCUUCCACAAGCUCAUAUUUGUCCAGUAUUUAAUGAUGUUGUCCAUAAAGAACCUGACGAUGUGUAUCUUGUUCCUCCUAAAAAGCCUCGUUUAUAUCCACCAAUUAACAAUAAAGAUACAAAUGAAUUUAAUCUAAUCUCUAAUAAUAUCAAUCAUUCAAAGGAAUCAUGUAAUCAUAUGAUAAAUGAAUUACAAUUCACAAAUUUCAUAAAUAAUCGUUAUUUUUCUACAGUUAAUAAUAACCAACAUCACUUGUAUAAACAUGUUUAUGAUUAUACAGAUAAUCAUAUUGAUAACAAUAAUUACGAUAAUGAAGAUUAUAAUUUCAAUAAUUACAGUAAAAAUUAUAUAUUUCAAAAUUCUAUUAGAUGUCAAUGUUGCAACAAUUAUGAAUUAUUAAAUCUUUAUCCACAAUAUUAUCAUCAAAACAGUCAAUAUCAUCUUGAUUAUCAACAACAACAAUCUCAACCAUUAUUACAUCAUCAUCAUCAACAGUCGUAUACAUUUGACAAUUUCACUAAUAAUAGUACAUUAAUCUAUUGAAUCAAAUAGGUUAUUAUUAUUAGGUUAUACUAAUGGUGAUUACUAUGUUAUCUACUAAAUGUGCUUGUAUGAUUAUCUGUAUGUGUACUCCUUACUAGUAAGUACCGUUGAAACUCUUAUUUGGUUAUUCUCAUUCUUCUUACUAUUUUUUUUUCUAGUUUUGUCUUUCAUGCUUUCUCUCUUUGAUUUAUUAUUUUGCAAACCAUUUUUUUUGUUUUUAUAUUUUUGUUAGGGAACUUUAUUGCCUAGUCCCACCCCACCUUGCAUACACAUACACUUGUCUGUGUUUAUUAUCCAUUACUGAGAUUAUACAACGAUCAAUGUCAUUAUUUUAUGUAUUGAUUGAGUUAGGUAAUCAUUAUUAUUUUAAUAGACUUAUUGUUGUUUUAACGAUUAUUUUGUUAGUUAUUGCCUCCCCCUCCAUUCCCUUGGAAAUAUAUCAGAAAAUUUAUAUUACUAUCAUUUUAUCUCUAUCCGUCAUUUGUGAUUGCUAUGACAUAUGUUUAUUGUUUGUGCUGAUUUCUUGUCUAUCUUUGUUUUGUUUGUGUUUUUCGCAUCGUUCCAUUUUAUUUAUUUAUCUUUUUUUUUAAUUUAAAAGACAAAUCAUUUUAUUUAAUUCCUAUGAUAUUUCUGGUCGAUACAAAAAAAAAGCGAACUCAAUUUUGUUCAUGACAAUAAUAAUAAUAAUGACAGCGAAUUUUUUAAAAAAUUUUUAUGCUCUCCAUAUCUCUCUUUGUUUCUUAUAUCACCACUUAUUUAAAGAAAAGUAUUCAACAAUUAAGAUAACUUUGUUGUUUAUUAUCGUUAUUAGCGAACAAUGUCUAUGUGAAGUAAGAUUACUAAAGGGGAUCAAUGUAGAAGCACACUGUAACUUUAUUUCAAGUAAUAUUGUAGUGAACAAAACACUAGUUGGGGACAAUCGAAUGUAUUUUAGCAAACAUUACAGACUAUCUCGGUAAAUUCUGAUAACCAAACAAUGAACAGUCAAUUUGCAAAUUAACAACCAUUUGUUUCAAUCUUCACUGUUUCUUCUCUAAUUCCAUUGCUCAUGCAUUUUCCAAACGAUUGCGCUUCAUUUCAGUUCUUUCUUCAUCGGUCUUC